UCCAAAGCGGAGAAAAAAGGGUCAGAAAUAGCCUUUAACAGUAUUUUCCAUAUGAAUUGCUGUCCACAUUCCUGCCCAACUUUUUCAGGCUAUACAGUUCGAGUGUGAAAUGCGCGAUUUUCAUGGCCACAUGACGGUUCCAAGCUGUCUCUUUCUCUCUCUCUCUCUCUUUCGCUGGUGUGUGGGUGUGCGCACAGAGCGCAGCCUAUUGUGAGCGCGCGCCUCCGACGCACUCAACGGCUACUGCUGCUGAGCGAGAAGACAAUCAAAAACGGACCCCUGGAUUGGAGGCAACAAAAGAGAAAGCGCAAACUUUUUACGAAACUUCCUCGGGUUUUGUCUCACUUCUCGGUUGGUUAAAGUUUUGGAUCAGGCUGGGCUUUUGGGGGAACUCUGCGUGGUCUUUUUCGCUGGUACCGGUAUGGAUUCAACAGACUAGACGAGUCUAGACUCACAGAUGAAGUUUGGGUUGUCAUUGUUUCCUCGGGGACACUGACUAGAGGACGGCACUGACGGUUUUACGCAUCCUUUGUGGACGCUGGUGAUGGCACCUGGACGUGGAUUCUGGUCGGUGCGACAUCUGUAGACGACUAUAUUUCUCAUGGGGUGACCCACUCAACACUCCUGAGACGUGACUGUAGGACUGACAUCCUACCCUCCGCCUGUUUCCUGGCAGAAUUUAUGAUAUAAAGACUCUGGAACUGAAGUUUUAAUGAGUCUUUCCCAUAGUGCCCCUGUGCUCUGCCAUCCUGUCACCAUGCAGAGCAAGUACUCCCAGUACUACAACAAGAGUCUCAUACAGUUACACUAUGCUCAUGCCAAGAACAUAAGUGCAGAGGAGAUAGCUAGAAAGGUAUCAGAACCUGCCCAGCCCGACUCUCUCAGUAUAGUCAUCCUGAUCAUCUGCACCAUCAUCAUCUUCGAGAAUCUCUUGGUUCUGAUGGCUGUGUGGCGCAACAGUAAUUUGCACUCCGCUAUGUAUGUCUUCAUCGGAAACCUGGCAUUCUCCGAUCUGCUGGCGGGCUCUGCCUACAUAGCAAAUAUAUUCCUGUCAGGGUCACAGACGUAUAAGAUGUUCCCAGUGCAGUGGUUCAUCAGGGAAGGCACGGCCUUCAUAGCUCUGGCUGCUUCAGUCUUCAGCCUGUUGGCCAUAGCUAUAGAGCGCUACAUUGCUAUCACAAAGCUUAAAGUCUACGGACACGAAAAAACAAGCCGCAUGUUCCUGCUGAUAGGAACAUGCUGGGUCACCUCCAUCCUGCUCGGGGGGCUUCCCAUCCUGGGCUGGAACUGUAUCUUCGACCUCGGAGAUUGCUCGACUGUGCUGCCACUCUACUCCAAGAAAUACAUUGUUUUUGUCGUCACCGUUUUCAGCCUCAUACUGCUCUCCAUUCUCAUUCUCUACGUGAGGAUCUACUUGAUCGUGCGCUCCAGCCACCAUGAUACAAAUACAAAUACGCAGUCAUACUCCCUCCUGAAAACUGUCACAAUAGUGCUGGGAGUCUUCAUCGUGUGCUGGCUGCCUGCGUUUACCAUCCUUCUCCUGGAUUCCUCCUGCAGUAUACAAGUCUGCACGAUCCUAAACAAGGCCAAAAUCUUUUUCGGCAUUGCCACUCUGAACUCAGCCCUCAACCCCCUAAUCUACACGCUGCGCAGCAAGGAUAUGAGGAAAGAGUUCUUGCGAUUGUUGUGCUGCUGGGGGGUGCUGCAAAGUGGGCGUCCAUCUGAACGCUGCCUGAUACCCUUACAUCUCUCCAGCUCUCAGGAACAAUGUUCCAACAAACAGGAACAGCAGACGACUCCCAUCAUAAAAGACUCUACAACCUGUGUCUGAUACUCCACGACAGAGGAGUUUCGUUCAUGCACAUGCGAGAGGCUCGCACGGGAGACGCUGUGUUCAUUCGGACAAAUGUUGACAGAGAGCAGGUCAUGUGACUCGAAAUGUCUGGGAGGCUAAGGCGUCUGUCUGCAGGGACGUCGUUCCCAGAUGAAUGUUUUCCUUCAUAAUACAAUCAUAACUGAGCGACUUCCCAAGAAGGUUCUGGUUUAAAUAAAACAAUUUGUGUUAAAACACAGUGUUUCAAGAGGGAGCUAGUUGUGUGGGUUAAGAAAUGUGAAAAAGCAACAUUUACUAGGUACUUUUAUAUAAGGAGCAAACAUGUUUUAUAUAUGUGGUUACUAGGUUUUUUUUUUUGUUUGUUUUUUGUUAAAAUCCUACUGAAAGCCAGAAACAGAAAAACAUAAAAGCUGAGCUAAAAUUGUGUUGGGGAGUUUUUUUAAACAAUCUUUUAUUAAAAAAUACCAAAAUUGCACUUUUAAAAGCAGACUCUCAUCAUUCUCUCCACAUAAGGUCUAUAGAUUCACUCGUUCCUGCAGCAUCAGUGAGCUCACCACCAUUCUAAAAUAUUUAGAGACAAAAAAAAAACCUCUAUGUAUACCAUAUAUAAUCUUCCUUAACCAAUUUGUUAAACUUCAACAAAAGUGCAUAAUCUGCUUACAUUUAAUGCAUGAAAUUCUAAUAAUAAAUAUAUACUCCAGCUCCAGCUUCUACCACUAACACCCUUUUCAUCGUUGCGCCUCAUAAUCUGUCCCUCUUGCUUUUACUGUUGUCUUUUGUAACUGAACAAUUUCCGUUGAGGAAGGCCAAAUCAGAACUCACAUUUCCUUGAGUGUGCUGGCAUUUACUGAAACCCUUCAGCCACUUUGACACCUGACAGUGUUUUUUAGUAACUCGGAACAGCGGCGUGCCAACUUCUGUUUGAGUCCUUCUCUUUGGGAUUAAGGCUGAAUGUAUGUAUGAAGUGUUUGGGGCGUGUGCUCCACUAUGACAGUAUUAAUGGUCAGAGUUCCUAAAUCGUUGGUGAGCAAAGAGUGAGCCGGUUAGGUCUCUCUCACUGUGUGGCCUCAUUGUAUCAAUGACAAGAAUAGGGGGUUGGCAUCCCUUAGUUUGUUAUUGUCAAACUUAGAGCAUAAACGCAUGUUUUCAGAGUUUGCUCGGCUCCAGGUUUGAAAGCAUGUGAGGGAUUUGCCCUUGGAGGAGGUCAGCUUCAUCUUCAUCCUCUGACAUGCAGUGACAUGCAGCUUCCUCCAGCUUCAGGAAGUUUUUUUUUUUUUUUUUUAGUUGUCCGGUUCCUGUUGUUCAAGGUUAGAAGAACCUUUUUCCUUUAGACAAAAAUAAAACUGUUCUCUCUGACAGUCCUCUUUAUAGUGACUGUUGUGUCCAAGUAGAAAUUGGUGAAAAGCACUUUGGCAGCUUCAAUGAUGUUAUCUUUUCCCUAGUUUUUCUCCUAUCAGGUGGUAAAAUGUUUCAAUUGAUGUACCAGUGACUUCAUUCAAACCUGACCAUGGCUUUAUUAAAACAUGAACAACUCUGUAUGUAUGUUUGUAUCUUUGUAUACUAUGUAUGAAUUCAGAAAUGUGUUGUGUGCAAUAGCUUUGUGUGUUGUGUAGCACGCUGCCUGUGUUAAACUGGUACAAACUAAAACACUAAUGUAGGUACAUAAACGUUUUGUUCAUUGCAUUCCAGUUUUAUAAAAUAAAUGAAUUACGAAAAUUG